AUGGUCCACGACGGCUUCCUCAUCCGCCACGCUGGCAAGAAGGCGCACGUGUGCUUCUUCCGCCUCGAAGAGGGCUACCUCAAGUACUAUGCGAACGACAAGCUCAUUGGCGACCUGCGCCUCUCCGGCUGCCGCGUCAGCGUCAAGGCGCACCGCCGCGACGACCACGUGCAAAACACGUUUCGCAUCGAGACGCAGCGCGUGCUCGUCAAGGAUCGGACGUACACGCUGGCGCCGCCCGAGAUGCUCGAGCUCACAGCCGCGACGACCGAAGCGCGGUCGCUUUGGGGCCGCGCGAUCCUCACGUGGCAGCGCCGGUACUUUGCCGAGCCGGCUUCGCUGUCGCCGUCCGAGCACGAAGCGACGCGGGCCGCGCUCGAAGCGAUCGUCAAGACGAGUCUGAAACCACUCGGGUCGCCGUCGCGGUACUUUAUUACGCUGCCGUCCCGGAGCUUGCGCAAGUCGCUCAGCUCGACCUUCCACUUUCCGCCGUCGACGCGGUCGCAGACGCCUGUGCUUACGUUCACGCUGCCGACGCACGCGCCCGUGACGAUCGCGUCGUAA